AAUCAGAUCACUGUUCACUAUAUGUUCAUCAAAAUCAAGGACUUCAAAAUGAGAUAUUUAACCCAAUUAAAAAACAGUUCCCAUCUCACAUCUGCUCGGAUAUGACAUCUUCAGCUAACUCCAACGCUUAUGAAAACACCAGUGCCAAAUUGAUUGACAUGAGUGGGGCAGUAUGUGAAAAUUGUAGAAGAAUCCGAAAUUCCACACGUCUAGUCCGAUGCAAACAAACGUGGUGGCCAAAAAUCCAUAAGUCAGUGUAUUCUUGUACAUGA